GAGCACAGACUGACUGAGUAAAGAGUGUAAGAGAGAGAAGAAGACGGGUAAAAAUAGCAGGAUUCCUGCUUUAUAUGCCAGGAGUGAAUCUGAGCUGUGCUGUGCAGAGUGACAAAAGUACAGUACUGUGAGCUGAGGAUCUUUGUAGAGAGAGUGAAUUCUAUCUCAGUCCAUGUGCUGCUAGACUGGGGCUCCCUGCACUCAGGCAUACACUACUGUAUGACAGGAAACUGAGAGUGCUUUUUGAUUUUGGAGAUUCCAAAAAGUUUUUGGAGAAACUUUAGCUGCCUCAUAUUCAUCUGUGUCAACUCAACAGGUGGCAGUAUGCUGGGUCAGGUGUUAUCAUUUACCCGCUCCCUGGUGCGGAGGAAAGUGGUGGACAUGAACAGUUUGGAGGACUCCAAGCUGUGCCGCUGCCUGGGCACCUUGGACCUCAUCGCCCUGGGCGUGGGCAGCACGCUCGGUGCCGGCGUCUACGUGCUGGCUGGAGAGGUGGCCAAGGGCAACUCUGGCCCCAGCAUCGUGGUGUCCUUCCUCAUCGCUGCCCUGGCCUCCGUCAUGGCCGGUCUGUGCUACGCUGAGUUUGGUGCACGUGUUCCCAAGACUGGUUCAGCCUACCUGUACAGCUACGUGACCGUAGGGGAAAUCUGGGCCUUUAUCACUGGCUGGAACCUCAUCCUUUCCUAUGUGAUAGGGACGUCCAGCGUGGCCAGGGCUUGGAGUGGGACCUUUGAUGAGUUGAUAGGGGAACACAUUGAGCACUUCUGUAAAACCUACUUCAGCAUGGACGCCCCUGGUUUGGCCAAGUACCCCGACUUCUUUGCUGUCUGCCUCAUCCUCCUCCUGUCAGGACUCCUGUCGUUUGGAGUGAAAGAGUCAGCCUGGGUCAACAAAGUCUUCACUGCUGUCAACGUGCUAGUACUGAUGUUUGUCAUAAUCUCAGGCUUCGUCAAAGGAGAUCCUCGUAACUGGAAGAUCUCUGAGGAAUCUCUUGUAAAUGUCACAAUAGUCACACGGAACCUGUCUGUGACUGCUAAUGUGACCAGUGAUUAUGGAGCCGGAGGGUUCAUGCCCUAUGGCUUCAGUGGGACUCUGGCUGGAGCUGCAACUUGCUUCUAUGCCUUUGUUGGAUUUGACUGCAUUGCAACCACAGGUGAGGAGGUGAAGAAUCCCCAGAAGGCCAUACCCAUUGGCAUCGUGGUGUCUCUGGCAGUGUGUUUCCUGGCAUACUUUGGGGUGUCCGCUGCCCUCACCCUCAUGAUGCCCUACUACCUGCUGGAUGAGAAGAGCCCGUUACCAAUGGCCUUCGAGUAUGUGGGCUGGGGCCCGGCCAAAUAUGUGGUGGCUGUGGGUUCUCUGUGUGCCCUGUCAACAAGUCUGUUGGGCUCCAUCUUUCCUAUGCCACGUGUAAUCUAUGCUAUGGCAGAGGACGGGGUGCUUUUUAAAGCCUUAGCCCGAAUCAAUCCUAAAACGAAGACCCCGCUAAUUGCCACUAUGAGUUCCGGAGUAGUAGCAGCAAUCAUGGCUUUCCUGUUUGACCUGAAGGCCCUGGUAGACAUGAUGUCCAUCGGCACUCUCCUGGCCUAUUCUCUGGUGGCUGCCUGUGUCCUCAUCCUCAGGUACCAACCUGACGGGGUCUACAUAAAGUCAUCGUCAAACGGUGAGAAAGACUGCCUGUCUUCAGAGGAGGGCGAGUCGGAGCUGACAGAGUCAGAGUCCCACCUCAACAUGCUGAAGGGCAGGGGCUCCACGCUGCAGACCGCCCUCCACCCUCCGCUGGCCCCCACAGAGCAAUCUUCCUCCGUGGUCAACAUGGCUGUCAGUUUACUGGUCGUGGUGGUGUGUGUGGUCAGCUAUCUCACCACAUACCACGGCAACUCCCUCAUUGCUGUGGAGGCCUGGAUCCUGGCUUGCUUGUCCGUGUCCCUCCUCAUCUUCAUCGGCUGUGUCAUCAUCAUUUACAGACAGCCCCAAACCACCAGGAAGGUCUCGUUCAUGGUCCCUCUCCUUCCCUUUCUACCCAUACUGAGUAUCUUUGUCAAUGUUUACCUCAUGGUCCAGCUGAGUGUAGACACCUGGAUACGCUUCUCUGUGUGGAUGGCUGUGGGUUUCCUCAUAUACUUUGGCUAUGGGAUGUGGCACAGUGUGGAGCGUCAGCGGCUGCUCCAGCUCAAGCUGCAGGGGCCUCUCAGCAGCAGCAGUCCCCACGACAAGAAGCCUGUGAUCGGGGAGAAGCAGAGCGCCUUGAUCCCUGACCAGGGCCACUUCCUCUGCCCAGAAAAGACCAGUCAUUUUUAGAGAGACGGGCUUACAAAGGGCCCAUGCAGAGAUGCUACAAGUCCACCUGGACUAAUGCACACACUCAUAGAAGCUAUUCUCAGACAUAAAGUUAAUAAUCGCGUACACAGCCAAGCCGUCUGUGCCUCAGUCGCAUGGACGCGCACUCUUCCUUUGCAGCUUUAGGAAAUUAAUAUCUGUGAUCAUGUGACUUAAAGCUGUGGGAUGGGCACAUGAUAGAUGCCUCCAUCAUGUGACCGUUUACAGGUGGUAGGUGGCUGCUGAUUGGUUGGAGGCAGUGUUAAGUACAAGCGGACAGGUUACACACUGGAAAUGCAUGGUGUUGGGUAGGAUGUUCCUAUCAUAGUUCUAGUCCUGGUUGCCAGGACAACUGUGGGAAAAGGCUUCGUAUCUGCGAUGUUUUCCUAGCCUUAUUAUUGUUCUGCUUUAUAUAUACUAUUUCCGUAAACCAACAUACACAGGAAGGUUUUAAAGCACAUACUUUUACAUUUUGCUUAUGAAAACAAUUGUCAGUAGUUUGUGAGGGCAUAGUAUGUCACUGAAUUGAAAGGACUGCUAGUAUUAUUAAGACUUUUGUAGUUUGUUGGAGAAGCACUGAUCAAUACAUUUCUCUGACAGAAACUUGCUACCAUAGACCUAAAAACACAGGUAUAUACUCUAUAUCCAGGGUUAGUAUGACAUACAGUCAAUCAUGUUUAGACAAUUUUGAUGAACUUGAGCACAUUCUGAAUGUGGGUAUUGGUAUUUACCAAACCCUCAGUAUGUUAACAAAUGUGUCAUGUGUUACUUUAAAUCAUAGCAAAGCAACUGAAACACUAUCUCUAAAACAGUUUUUCACCUUAUAAGGAUAGUCAUGAUUCUUCUGUAACCUGUAUGUUCUAUUAUUGCUGUAGUUUUAAAGCUUUUUUUUGCUAGUGGUUCUUUCCAGGUCAUGUUCAUCUGGUCUUUAAAGGUGUUUAAAGGUAUUUUCACUAGGAUGGGCUGCUAUCAAGUCAAGUGUUACAAUUUAAUGUUAUGUGAAGUUUGUAUGAAAUCUAAACAGUGAAUCAAUGGAAGAAUUAUUUGUUUAGUGUUUUUCCGUACACAUUCCGUACAGUGUUUUUUAUGACUUUUUUCUAACAAUUGUUACAUUUACAGAAAUGAUUUAAAGUUUUUUGUACUAUUUUUCUGUGUAACACCAGUCUAUCAGCGUACACUAUAUGUUGGGUUUCAAUUUUUUUUUGGAGACAUAUAGAUAAGUAGUAUUGGCCGUGUGCCUUCAAUCAGUGUAGAUUUUCAAGGGAACCUCCUUAGGCUAAUUUUGUACUGUCCUAAAUGUGCAUUUCAUAUGAUUAAUACGACCCAGGCCUGGGCUUGUGAAGAAUUCCCUCGGUGUCCUAGUUUCAAGGAUUGAAGGAUUCUGUCUACUUAGUAACUCUACCUUUGUUUCAUAAAAUCACUAUCUGGGGGCGUUGGGGAGGGUUAGUACUGCUUAUGUUCUCCCCCCUGGAGCUCAGGGGGCCUGUAAGGGUGUACGCCUGUCUAUCUGCCUGCCUGCUUUGCCUGUCUGUCAUUCUUGAUCAAUAAACCUGGCUAGGCUAAGUAAAUAAGGAACAAGAGGUCAUUUUCUCAUCAGGACCAAGAUAUGGGUUGCAGACAUGGGAAAUGUUUGUUUUUCUUUUUUUGACCCUCUGCAAAUGUAUCCAUGAUGAAAUGAAAUUACAGCUGUUUCUACUAACUAGAGUGAAUAAAAGUAUUUUUCAACAAA